AUGUCGAGGUUGGGCAAGAUAGAGGAGUUUGACGCCAAAGUUCAGACGUUCGAUUCGUACUUGGAGCGUUUCGAGCACUUUGUCAGUGCGAAUGACAUAGCUCAAGAGAAGAAACUCUCAGUAUUUUUGACAGUGAUCGGGGCGGAAGCGUAUGAAGUACUCAAGAAUUUGGUUGUACCAUCACUUCCUGGGGAGAAGACUUUUGAUGAAGUCAAGGUUCUAUUGAAAAACCAUUACAGCCCCCCGAUAUCAAUUAUAGCUGAGAGGUGCAGGUUUAACCGCAGGGUUCAGCUUGAGCACGAAAGUGUAGAAGACUUUAUCAUUGAGAUAAAGCAUUUGGCUCGGAAAUGUGAUUUUGGGUCCUUUCUUAAAGAUGCUAUGCGUGACAGGCUUGUGGCAGGAAUCCGCAGCGAAGACAUUCAAAGGGCUCUAUUCACAGAAGAAAACCUGGGCUUUGAAAGUGCUUGCAAAAUUGCUCUUGCGCGAGAGCUAGCAGCCAAGCAAACAGCAAUACUGCAAGCAGGAGGGACAAACUCGGCUGUAAAUGCCCUCAAAUAUGAAGUGAACCCGGCUACUCAAAAGAAAAGAUCAAUGCAGCAGAAUGAGAACAAAAAGACCAAGUGUUGUUGUUGUGGUAAGGCGCAUGCCUUCAACAACUGCUGGUACAAGAACUAUAAAUGCAACCGGUGCUCUCAAGUAGGUCAUCUGCAGAAAAUGUGCCCAAGAAAGGCUCUACACAAAAGAACGCAUAUCGUGUCGGAAUCAUCCAGUGAAGAUGAGCACACGAUGUACGCGUGCCACGAUUCAUCUGGCAAGAAGAAGGGCUACAUAGUUACCAUGACCAUAGAAGGAAACAGCGUUCCUAUGCAAGUCGACACUGGUGCCGCGGUGUCUGUAGUCCCUGAAGAGGUGUAUCGGUCGACUUUUCCGCACGUUAAAUGUGAACCUACCACGGUUGUGCUGAAAACUUAUACUGGUGAAAAGAUUAAUGUUUUGGGGGAGUGUCAUGUAAAGGUGCAGUAUGAUGACCAGCAAGCUGUUUUACCGGCUGUUAUUGUGCGUGAAGCUGAGCGAAAGUUACCAGCUCUUCUAGGUAGGACAUGGCUCGAGAAAUUUCAGCUUGAUUGGCAGUCGUUGUUCUCUUUAAGUAUAGAUGAUAGAGUUGCUUCGCUACGAGAGAAGUACGCGGGGGUCUUUCACCAACAUUAG